AUGUUUGCGUCAAUUCAUAGUGUAAGCCAAAUGACAUGGCAUCAUACAAAUUCUAAUAGUUCAGGCAUGAUGCGAUAUCCAUCUGAUGGCGAGGCAUGGAAACACUUUGAUAGAGUACAUACAGAUUUUGUAGCAGAACCCAGAAAUGUCAGGCUUGGAUUAUGCUCAGAUGGUUUUACUCCUUAUAUCAUAUCGUCAACAAUUGCCUAUUAUUGUUGGCCAAUUAUUUUUAUCCCGUACAAUAUCCCUCCUGAGAUGUGCAUGACAAAACCUUACAUGUUUUUGACAUGCCUCGUUCAAGGACCAUCAAUUCCAAAAGCGGGAAUAAAUAUUUAUUUGCAACCUUUAAUUGAUGAUUUGAAGAGGUUGUGGAUUGGAGAAUGGACUUAUGAUGUGUCUCGUAAACAAAACUUUAAUAUGCGAGCUGCUUUUAUGUGGACAAUUAAUGACUUUCCUGCAUAUGUCAUGUUGGCUGGUUAA